UUUCCGCGACGGUGAUUUGAAAUUUGAAUGAGCAGCAUUGGCAACACGAAAAGUCUUUGUAUGGAAAUCGUUUCUCAAUUUAGAUUGACCAGAGUAUCGUCAAAUCCGGGAAGAUGGGCCCUGUUGAGCUCCUGCAUAUGUCCGUGUUCUCUCAGAGUUUCUCUCCCUGUGGCCGUUUCCUUGCAGCGGGUAAUAACUAUGGAGAGAUUGCAGUGUUCAGUCUUUCAGCUGCACUGAGUCCAGAGGCAUCAGAGAGAAGUCAGAAGCCCAUCCUUAACUUCACUGCUCAUGAUGGUCCAGUAUUCUCUCUUCUUUCCACGGACACUCAUCUUCUGAGUACUGGGAAUGGAGAGAUCAGUGCCUGGAGUUGGGCAGAGCUCAUCAAAAAAAAUACCAAAGCUGCUUGGACACGGAAACCCAAUUACGAGACUAGUCUUGAAAUCCCAGAGAUCAAUGCAAUGAUCAUUAAUUCAAAGGACAACAGCUUGAUAAUUGGAGGGGGUGACAAUAACAUUCACAUUAUGGACAUGGAGAGCGGUGUCUUCAAGUCUGUACUGAAGGGCCACACGGACUAUAUACACUGUCUGUCCUUUAGAGAGAGAGAAGGGGAGAUACUCUCUGGUGGGGAGGAUGGUGCUGUGAGGAUAUGGGAUUGUCGGACAAAACAGCCAGUUCACUGUAUUGAAGUUUUCAAAUAUGAGGAAUGUGCACGCCCCCAGUUUGGGAAGUGGAUUAGCUGUCUUGCUACAGACUCUGAUUGGAUGCUCUGUGGUGGAGGACCAUCACUCUCAUUAUGGCACCUUCGUUCCAUGUCCCCCACCUCUGUCUUCCCUCUGUCUGGAUGUCAAAGGGAAGCUGUCUUUUACCAGGAUCUGAUCUUGUCAGUAGGCGAGGGUCCAUAUUUGUCCCAUUGUUUACAUGGAGGCACUGUGAAAGCUCAAAUUCCUUGCACUCCUUCUUCACUCAACACAGUGUCUGUCAAUCUCAAAAACACUGAGCACAGGGUUAUGACAGUAGGGGGCAGUAGUCACCAAAUUGAUGUGUUUACCAACUUCUGCUACAGAGCCUUAUCUCUGUCAUUCUAAACACAUACAUACACUUGUUUUCUAACGGUCCAUCUGAAUUAAUUGAAAAUAAAUGAUUAGUAGAAUCCAGUUACACCAUGUAUUUUGUUUUUAUAAUAAACUAUUUUGGUUUUUUUUCAAUGGUUUUGAAUAUGUGUCUUUUGUAAACACUGAAUCAUGCAUUGUAACUU